UCUCUCUCUGUGCGCCAAGCAGAUCUGUACGGCUACAUCGUGUUCCCGUGACGUGGCCGGAACGAGCUCCGGCCCCACCCACGCUCCGAUGAACCACUACCACAUCUACGAGGCCAUCGGCCGCGGCAAGCAUUCGACCGUCUACAAGGGGAGGAAGAAGAAGACGAUCGAGUACUUCGCCGUCAAGAGCGUCGACAAGUCCCAGAAGAGCAAGGUCCUCCAGGAGGUUAGGAUCCUUCAUUCUCUCGAUCAUCCGAACGUACUCAAGUUCUAUUCUUGGUAUGAGACCUCGGCACACAUUUGGUUGGUCUUGGAAUACUGCGUCGGUGGAGAUCUGAUUACCUUAUUGCGGCAGGAUGGUCGAUUACCUGAAGAUUCAAUUCAUGAUCUUGCCACUGAUCUUGUCAAAGCAUUGCAGUACAUUCAUUCUCAAGGAAUCAUUUACUGCGAUCUAAAACCAUCAAAUAUUCUUUUGGAUGAAAAUGGACAUACAAAGUUAUGUGAUUUUGGACUGGCAAGAAAGUUGAGUGAUAUAUCUAAAACUCCUUCUGCUUCGCUGCCACAAGCAAAACGCGGUACACCAUGUUAUAUGGCUCCUGAGCUGUUUGAAGACGGAGGCGUCCAUUCUUAUGCUUCGGAUUUUUGGGCCCUUGGUUGUGUACUUUAUGAGUGCUACACAGGGAAGCCUCCCUUUCUGGGACAAGAAUUUACUCAGCUCGUGAGAUCCAUUCUCACUGAUCCGACUCCUCCACUGCCGGGGACUCCAAGUCGUCCUUUUGUCAAUUUAAUCAACUCUCUCCUUAUAAAAGAUCCAGCAGAACGAAUAAAGUGGUCAGAGCUCUGUGGACAUGCUUUUUGGAGAGCAAAGUGUCCUCCUGUUCCUUUACCUCCUCAGCCUGCUUUUGAUAGCAUGAUUGAACUUCACACUAAGCCAUGCCUCUCAGAGUAUAACGGUGAAAGAUCUGUCCAGAAUAAGACACCUCCAAGGCAUCGUGAAAAAGAUGCUAAAGUGGGUUCGCGACGGGAUGAGAACUCCAUUAUUGGGCCCAAAGUUCAUGAGACACCUGUAAAGGCUGCUCUGAGCGGCCGGAAAAACAAUGCAAAGACUUCUGGCAAAGGCGGUGAAGAGAAACACAAAGAUAAUUCCGGUGGUACCAGGGCCUUGAAUCUACUAAGGCUCUCUAGAAUUGCAAAAUCAAACUUGCAGAAAGAGAAUGAGAAAGAGAACUACCGCAGGCCUUUGCCUAGCGGUGCUGAGAACGAUUCUGAGGUUAAAAUUGAGAACACGGACAUGGAACUUGACUUUAAUGAAAAUACAGAAGAGGAUACGCAAGAAGAACUGGAUGGCUCUGAUAUACCUUCUCCUGCCCUCAGAUCAUCAAAUGAAAACCUGAAUCAUGAGGGACAAGUGGAAGAAAUGGAUAUUGAUGAAAAAGUUGAGCCUGCAGCUGCUUCUGAUUUGCCUCUUUCAGAUGAAUCAAAGACAAUGGAGCAAGAAUCUUAUUCAGAACUCACUCAAGUUGCAGCUACCCCACCCAGUGUCAGUCCUCUGCCCAAAGGACAGAGGGCAAAAGAAAGUUUAGGUUCUGCUCAUGAAUCCGAUUCUGCAAAAUCAGCUAGCAAUAUAGUACAAGUAUUUUGGCAUCAAUCUGAUCUUUCAGUGAGACCCGUAAUGCCCAGUAGAAAAUCUGAUAGAACAUCUGAGGUAGUUCCUUCUCUACCAUUUGAGGCACUGCAAGCAUCUGAUUUUGUAAAAAUGUCGAAAGGACAGCUUGAUGCACUCAACAACAAAAUCAUAGCAAUUUUGAGUGGAAGUAGUGGCACAGGGGAGAAGCAGAAUUUAAUCAAGUAUCUGGAGAUAUUGAGCAGUUAUCCAGAUGCAGCUAAUAUCUUGACCAAUGGGCCCAUCAUGCUAAUGCUUAUUAAAAUGUUACGGCAAUCGAAAGCUUAUGUCUUGCGAGUUCAACUUGCCUCACUGAUUGGUCUAUUAAUAAGGCACUGCACUUUCAUUGAAGAUGAUUUGUCGAAUUCUGGGAUCUUGGGUUCACUUACUGAUAGCCUUGGUGACAGGCAGGAAAAAGUGAGGAGGUUUUCAAUGGCUGCAUUAGGCGAGUUGCUUUUCUACAUAUCCACUCAGAAUGAGCACAAAGAAAACAUGCCCUCAGAAUCUCCAUCAAAGGACAACCGAUCCACAGUCACAUCGAACUGGCAGGUUCCGAAUUCCUUAAUUUCACUCGUGACAUCAAUUCUUAGAAAAGGAGAGGAUGAUAUGACCCAACUUUAUGCGUUGAGGACAAUAGAAAAUAUCUGCAGUCAGGGAGGGUACUGGGCAGCUCGUUUCACCAGCCAGGAUGUUAUUAAUAACCUGUGCUAUAUAUAUAAAGCUUCAGGGAAACCGGAAAGCAUGAGGCUCACAGCAGGAUCUUGUCUGGUUCGCCUAGUUCGCUUUAAUCCUCCAAGCAUUCAUCCGGUUAUUGGGAAACUUUCUUGUAAGGAUAUAACAUCUGCCCUUGUCAAGGGUGGGCCACGGGAACAACAGAUCUGCUUAAAUCUUCUGAUCAUGACCAUGACAAAGAGCAAUAUGCUGACAAAUAGUGGUCGGCUCCUUCUUCCAGUUGCAGAAGACAAAAACCUUGUGCUUUGUCUAAUCUCUUUGAUUGAGCAGGGACCUGAAGUUAUGAGGGGAAAAGCACUCGUCCUUGUGGCUCUUCUCUGUAAAAACAGCCGGAGAUGGUUGUUUCAGCUCUUUUGCAACAUGAGGUUGAUCUCCAUAGUAGACAGACUGACAAAAGAAAAGGACAGCUUUGUUCAGCAGUGCCUAAGUGCAUCUGUGCAUGUUGUGGCAUCAACCAUACCAAAUUUGCUGGAAACUCUCACGGCAGAUAUUCAACAGAUGAUGGGGGGAAGGCGUCAUGGUCACAUGUCCCCCCUUACUGGUCGAGCUGCGCAAAAGACAAACAUUCAUCUGUUUCCAGUUAUCCUUAAUCUUCUAGGAAGCCCAUAUUUUAAGCACAAGGUGGCAACUCUUCAGGUUCGACAUCAGCUGGCAAACAUAAUCAAACUUAUGGAGAGCCCAUUUCAAGGAAGAGACGAUUUCCAGUUAACAGUUCUUCGAGUUGUUGAGUCUAUCACAGAGGAGUCCUCCUGGAUUCUUGAAAGCUCUGAUGUAUUUAUCCGUGGGAUUCUGCCGAGUCUGGCUGUACUGUACAAGGGCAACAAGGAUGGUGAUGCCAGAUUUCUGUCCCUCAAAAUUCUGUUUGAUGCGAUGGUUGUUUUCCUAAAUGAAGCCCCAGAGUUAGAGCAUAAGCUAGAAGACUUGAAAUCCAUAUCCAAUGUGCAAUUUCUCCCUCUUUACCCAACCUUGAUUGAGGAUGAGGACCCAAUACCGAUGUAUGCGCAGAAGCUCCUCCUGAUGCUCAUCGAGUUCAACCUAAUUAAAAUUCCUGAUAUUCUACAACCAAAGACCGUCAGUCACUGCUUCAGAUUUUUGCUUGGCGAUCUGUCCAAUGCAAAUGUGAAUGAUGUCAAGCUGUGUGUGGCUCUGGCAUCGGCACCAGAUAUGGAUCCCAAGUUGCUUUCUCAACUGAAAGUAGUUCGGAGGAUUGGAAACCUUCUGGAGUUUGUACAUGUGAAGGAUAUGGAAGAUUUUCUUGAACCGACGCUUGGCUUGUGCAAAGCUUUUCUUUUACGAUCACUAGGUUCUAGGAUAGGUUCCAUGUACACACAAGAGCCAACCCUACUUGAUGAAAGUUCUUCUGAGCCGGUGAGUACCGUAAGAGACAUAACCGACUUUGGUGGCAGUGCCGGUGUUUUCCUGGAAUUGUGUGGGUCUCGUGACAGAAACGCUGCCGAUAUUGCUUCUGAAUGCAUGGUUCUAUUACUGAAGGUGGCCCCGAGGGAAGGUGCUGCCGGUUUUCUUACUAAUCUCUCAAAAGUGAGUGCGGUUCUCGAGUCUUGGCAAAAGGGCGCUCCUUCUCUACUGGUACAGCGAAUGCUGCAUUCUCUCGGUUACUCCUGUAGGCAAUAUUUGCUGCACAGAAUGAUUUUGUCGGUGUGCACGUCUGAGAUUGUGAAGAUUGAAGGCAUCGUUUCUGAGAUAAAAUAUUCUGGUGCCGCUGCUUUAGCCAGUGCUGCCACACUCGUAAUCUCGGAAUUGCGGCGGCUUCCUCAUUGUGGUUAAAUCCAUGGAGGUUAUGGGCCGCCUUAUUCAUUACCUGUAUCUCCGUUUAUUCCCCUUUGUGUGGAAUCUAGGAAGGUUGCCUGGAUUUCUGGAAGAGCAUCGAAAGAAGCUAUGCAUCUCUUUCUGCUUGCACGAAUUCAGAAUAUCACUUGGCUUCCCAAAUAACUCGGCAGACUGUUUCUGAAUCUAGAACCAGUCCAGGACAGAGCAUGUUCCAAUGUACUCCGGCUCUUCUUUGUAUUGUCAUUGUACUUGUAUUGCAUAUUGUCUUAUUCAGUCAGAAUAUUUUUUAACAAGACUCGCCCUCGAA